AUGGUGCCGGUCUGUUUCCAGUUCUGUGGAGAGCAUGUGAGUCCAGAGGUGGUCCAGUUGGUCUGUGCAGGUCUGGACCGGGCGCAGCUGGUCUCUCUUCGUGGGUGCCUGGUUUCAGAUCCGGACUUUGGGAGGAUUUGUGAGUCUGUAGGCCAAUCAAAGACUCUGGUCCAACUGAACCUGAGUCUGGGUGUGGUCUCAAGUCCAGACCGGACCAAAUACCUGGCCCGGGCUCUGCUCCAGAACCGCAGUCUACAGACAUUGUUUCUCCAUGGGACCCCCCUCUUUGUCCCUGAGUCCCUGGUCUUGACCCAGUCUCUGGCCCUGCACCCGGCUCUGCUCAGUCUGGACCUGGGAGACUGUUCCCUGUCAGAUCAAGUCCUGGACCAGGUCUGUGGACUCCUGCCUCCCGACGGAGCCAAGCCCGGUCUCCAGGAGCUGACAUUGAGUUCAAACCCCGGGAUCAGUGUUCGCGGUUGGACUCGUCUCUGUGUUGCCCUGGCCCACAGCUCCCAACUCCGAGUCCUCCGCCUGGACUAUAACCCGCUCGGAGACCGUAUCACUGAGAUGUUGGCUGUUGCUGUGGCGUCGAGCAGAACACUGGAGAUGCUGGACCUGGAAGGAACUGGACUCUCCAACCACACAGGCCAGGUCUUCUUGGAUCUGCUCCUCUAUUACCCGGUGAGUCUCAGAGUCCUGGUUUUGGCUGAAAACCAGAUCAGUCCAGAAGUCCAGACCCAGAUCCAGGACCUGCUGUCAGAGACCAAGGACAAGCCAAUCGGAGAUCAGCGUCUCCAGCAGCAACCAAUCACAAAGGAGAGGGAGUGGCUGCCCCACAGUGGCGCUCACACUGUUCUGCUAACAUCGGGGCUUGGGGACAGCCUGUUGGACGAGACGGAGAUGUGACUCUGCCCCUGAGUUAUGAUUGGUC